AUGGUAUCUCACUUUUCAAUCGUCCACACAAGCGAUAGAAGCAAGAAGCUGAAGCAUUUCACUGACCCUCCAACACCUCGAAAAUCGUGCGACAAGAAGAUGGAAAGACUUAUGACGCUGUUGCUGUUGACAAUUAUCGGAAGCGGCAUUGGCGCUAUUAGCUCUAAGCCUUGCUCGACGAAGGAUUUGAGUGUCUUCAAUGAAGUAUCUGGCCAAGUAAACAAAUGCCUUAAUGACAGCAAGCUGAAUUUUCAAAUUCCGCCGCGUUCGAGCCUUUCAACGAUGCAGCAGUCCAUGUUGUGCAAGUCAAAAGCCUGCCAGGCGAUGAUCGGGUCCGUAGAUGACUUGGACAUCCCUGUUUGUGAACAUACUUUUGACAAGAAGAACAUGACCCUACAAAUGAGUCUCGACAACUUCGUGUCAUCGUGUGACACGACUACGCCGGCUCCGUCUCCAAUCAAGCGGCGUAAAUCGCUCGAGGCAUCGUCGGCUGACGGCUCGGGCUCGUCUUCCAAGAAACGCAAACAUACGAACCUGGCGACUGCAAUUCAAUUUGGGACGUUGCAGCAGGUACUUGUGCUUUUGGCAGCGAGCAUUCUUUCGGUAGGACUUGUGCUUCCGUGA